AAACUAAAAAGACUGGACUUCGAAUAUGGUAUGCGCGCCCAACCCUAGCCGAUGGUAAUGGAUUCCCGUUGCACGGCCCUUCGCUGGCAGAACGAAAAUCCAACCAAGGCACCGUGUAGUAUCCCUUCUGCUCCUGCUUCUCCUCCUCCUCCUCCUUCCACACGCUCCUCGCGCUAGUUUUAAUUUCUUCGGGAUUACGGAUUUACGGUUGCAUAUUAUAAAUGACGUCUACGUUUGAGUUAGGGAACCCCCCACAGCGGCAGCAGGCCGAUCACCAACUGCCUUCGGGCGGAAGCGCCGCUGCGUCGCCCGUCGCCGCUCCGCCGGCGUCCGGCAGGAAGUUCUCGUUGGAGGAGAUCUCCAAGUACUUCUCCCUCCCCAUUGCGGAGGCCGCGUCUAUCCUUGGUGUUUGUACACGUGUAUUGAAGAGGAUAUGCCGUGAGAAUGGUAUUGUAAGGUGGCCUUAUCGUAAGUUUCUUGCGGGUAAGACUGUUGAAGAUAUCAAAAAGGAUACUGAAAGAGAGAGAACUAAAGAUCUAACUGAGUUGCCAAAGAUGGCAAACCAGAGAACUGAUGUUUCAAGAGUGAUGCCUUCAUCCUCAACCUUUGGCAAUCAAGUUCAGAGCAGAACACUGAGUGGCACACAAGAAGCAUUGAAAUUGCAGCGAGGAGUUCCCAUGCCAGGACAUGUUUUACAAUCACAAGGAAAUAAGUUUUCACAUAAUAAUUGGCCCAAUAUGAUCCAAUAUAGAGGCAUUCCUACUUACAUGGAUGAAUUUAUAAAUGGAUUUCCAGCGAAUGGCUUGUCAUCUGUUUCUAUCAAAUGGUGGGGACGCAGCAGCAAGGAAGAUACUGAAAAGGCAUUGCCAGAAGAAACCAUAAAAGGGGAUAAUCAAGAAUCCUGUCAGUUGUCAAAUGAAAUUUCUAGGCAUAUGGUGAAAGAUGAUCACCCUGGCGGACCUGACCAUAGUACAGAGGACAGUGCCGCUAUAACUGAGCCAUCCUCUUCCUUGUGCUCACUGAGAAGAAAAGCUGUAGAAUGUGGCCGCAAAACAUUGAAGGGUGGAGUUUCUAAGGGCUACACAACUUACAAAUUGGGGAAGAGACAGAGGUUAGCAUUAUUCCAAGUAUUCAAAUCAUCAUUACCAGAUCAAUGGAUGAAUGCCCUUUCUUGAUCUAAGGACUGUCCCAUAAUUCAUUAUUCAUGAGUUCCAAAGGGUCUGCUGUAAAUGUUGCUGAAGACUGCAAUUGGUUACUUUUAGUGCCAUCUUCACACCUUUGUAUAAUUUUUUUUCCCCCUUUUUUGAGCAAAAUAACGAUAAUCCACCUGAUUUCUUGUGUGCCAUGUAUGUACCAAGACUUGGGGUUAAGAGAAAGUUUGUUGCCCUGUCUCCAACACUUCUGGCUUAUGCGUCCUACUCAAAGGCAAUGAGCAUAUCGGCUUCAUCUGUGGUGAGCAAGUAAUAUAAUUGCUUCGACUGCUUAGGCACCAGGGAGGUCAUACAAGAAUGACUACUUCAAUGGCCCUAGAGCUUACUCCGCAGAUCUUAUCGCAUAUCAUCUUACGACAAAGCACCAGAGAUCUCAUCUUGAUGCAUAUUUGAAGACACAGGCCCCAAAAUAGUUCCCCGAGGUUUCAUAUUAAUUGGCAAAUAACCUUACUUAAAUUACGUACAAAGACAUUUGAUUGGCAUGGUCUGCACUUGUAAAUUGAGAGAAUUUAUUAUGCAACAUAUACUGAUAUUUUCGUACUAAAUAGAUAUAUGCUAGAUAAUGAUAUAAUAAGGGUUCAUUUUUUUAAAAAUAUGAAGCUAGAUGAAUCAGGUGGAACAUGAGGGAGCCCAUUGCACUUAUCACGAGCUCGGCUUGACUACUCUGAGUCAGCCAUCAAAGAGUCAAGUGCAUUGGCCUGAUGAUGGGUGCCAACUUUAUUUUACUUGCCAUCUGAACGGUCAGGGGAUCCAUCAGAUUUAAGAUUUAUCAUGAAAAUCCACAUUCUCGAAAAGCAAAGUUUCAGAUGUCAACUUGCGUCCAGGAAGGCACGUGCCGUCUUUAAUCCAAUAUGACCAUGAUAAACUUUCUCUCGUGAAUAAAAAAUUGGGCAUUGUAAAGCAAAUGAAGGAGGGAGAAAAUGCCAGAAUGGAUUCAUUGUAUGUUUCUCUGAUAGCAAGAUAGCAAUCGCUUCCUUUUGAAUUCAUUGGUAACAAUUGAUGCAAAUGCAUGGCACUGCUGAUGUGCUAUCUUUAGUCCAUUGUUACAUGAAUAAGUAAAUGAAGAAAGGAGAAAGUUCCAGAAGAGAUGGCCACAAUGUGCAAUAUCUAGAUGAUUAUAUAUUUCUCUGAUAGCAAGAUGGUAACGACUUCCUUUUGAAUUUGCUAGAAAAAACUGAUCCAAAAUGCCCGGCACUGCUGCUGGACUUGUUUGGUCGAGCAACGCUGUUGUCUUCUUGGUUAGGCACUAGGCAUAAGCACAGCUACCAAAACCUGCAAGAGGUGAUGAGAAGACUUGAUUUUAUUCUGCUGGAAUUGGAUUUGAGUGGUAAGCAACAAAAUCUGCCAGAGAAAUCUGAUAUAGUUGGUCUGGAAAUUUACUUGGAUCGGUCAUUGUUAUGAUCCCCGAAUUCUUAAAGUAGCAAUUCCAGUAGUUCCUGCCCUUGGCUUGGUAGUAGAGGUUCAUGGCAACGGAAGCAUGGGACAUGAGGUUAUCUGGGUAGAAGCACGGGCGGCCCCUUUGCAGUAUACUGCAAUCCACCUGAGAGCAAGCAUAGUUGAUGUUGGCUAGAAGAGUAGCAUCAUCAGAUGAAGGCUUUGCGAUACACCAAGUUUUCUGGAAGAUAACAACAUUUCUUUCGGAACAGUUAGAUUCUUUUCACUUUCUGUAUCUUUUGUUCUGUUUAUGGUUAGAAUGCUUGGAUUACAAAAAAUAUUAGAGCAUGCGUAUUAGAAUUUAUAUGAUUAUUCUAUAGUCGAUUUUGGAAUUA